ACGAAGCAUCAUUAGUUGAAUAACAUGGAUUACAGCAAAAUAAUUGUGUAUCUAAACAGCAUUAACGUACGAAACUUCACAGUUUUUGCUUUGUUAGCAAGCACGACCUUAAUAUGGACGCUAAAUUACUUCAAUUUUCCACUGCUGUCGUACGACCAGCCUCGACACAUCGAUGAUCGCAUUCGAGUCAUAAACAAUGAACUACGACGAAUGAAGUCUACGCUUGAGGUCGAAACCAAGAGAAAAAGUUUCGUUGAGUAUUCACGUCUUGCACAAAGUAGACCAACAAAGCUAGUGCUGGCGUACACGGCUCUUUUUCAUGAGAAACCAUGGGGCUGGAUGAAUAGCACUAAGAUGUUCAACCACUGGGAGGGAAUAUCAUGUCCCUACUUCCAGUGCAGACUUAGUUUUGAUAAUAACGAGUUUAAACGCGCUGAUGCAGUGUUGUUUCACUCAAUGGAUCUACCAGGUCGAGUUGAGAUGUUUCGGAUCUCGAAGCAAAAACCUAGACGGCAAAAAUGGGUGUAUUUCGCAUUGGAGAGCCCGCAGUUCAACCACGACUCAAAAUGGCUAAACAAUCUCUUCCACUACACUCUUACUUACAGGCGAGACUCUGAUUUUUAUUCUCCAUAUGGCUUUUCCUAUCGCGUUACCAAUGGAAUUGAAGCCGAUGAUGAGAUCAAUGCAAUAUUAAGAUCUAAAGAGCAUUUGAUAUUUUGGGCUUCUAGUCACUGUGACCUUCCGCGUGAGAAAUUCAUAAAGAAAUUGCUAAAACACAUCAAAGUUGAUGUUUACGGCAAGUGUGCUAGCUUUGUGGGAGUCAAACCGUCCGGAGACUGUAAAUUAAACGAUCCAAACUGCAAUAACCUUAGAAGAAAAUAUAAAUUCUUGUUGGGCUUUGAGAAUUCAAAUUGUAGGGAUUACAUAACCGAGAAGUACUGGGGCGCACUUAAGUUGGGAAUUGUACCUAUUGUUCUCGGAGGGGGAGAUUAUAGAAAUAUUGAUCUGGCUAUUCCAGGGUCUUUUAUUAACGUACUAGACUUUAAAUCCGUAAAAGAACUCGCUGAACAUUUAAAGUAUUUAGAUUUAAAUCAAAAAGCUUAUAUGAAAUAUCAUGAAUGGAGAAGAACUUACAAAGAGGUGACGUAUGCGCCAUGGACUUGCCAGCUUUGUGCAGCUCUGAAUAUCGACGCAAAGAAGACUUACAUCAAACGAAUAAGUGACUUUUGGAGUGCGUCUAAGCACUGUCAUAUCACUGACAAAGCUAUUGAAAAAAUAUUGAAGGCCAGUGAUUAAAGGGUUUUGUCAGGUCAAAGUUUGUGAGUGCGCCUGUGCCGUUGAGGGUGCACAUUUCCAGAAAGGAUGGAAUCUCGUCAAAUCUUUUUUUUUUCUUCAAAAAUUAUACGAAAGGUAUUGAAUUUUGAGCUUUUCUUAAGCUGGAAAAACUACCAAACCAGGACCAAGGAAAUGACCUAUCAAAGUUGAAUAAAUUAAUAAACAAAUGAAUGGAUAUCUGAACGCUGAUGACCGGCUCCAAGUUAMAAGACACAUUCUCCGUCGUAUUGUCGUUGUCUGACUGCUUUUUGCGCGCCGGUUCACGCUACGACAUAAGCAUAUACACAAACAGAAGCUGGUUCACACUUGAAAUAAGCAUUUGGGCUUAUAUAAUGCUUAUGUUUUGCCGGUAUACUGAUAUUUUCUUAUAUUUCAGCUUGUGUUUCCUUAACUAUAGUCUCCUUCUGUCUUUGCUCAUGUUGUAAGUGAAUGGGCCCUUUUAAAAGCGUCGGACCUUUAUUAUUGCUGGUAUAUACUAGAAUUAAUUUAUUAAUGCAUUUGAAUCAACAGAUAUAUAAAUGARAUGAAUGAAAGAAGAAACGAAAGAAUAAAUCAAUKAAUGAUAGAAAACUGGSAAAAGGAAUAAAUAAAUAGAAAUUGCAAAGAAAGUACAAUUAGACRAAGAUAACAAAGGAGAUCAGGGAAUUAGAACAGAAAGGGAGAAUCCAAUAAGCAAGCGUACCAUAGCAAAUUAACGGUUGCUUCACUACGUAAUAAGGUGUCGUUCACUGAUAAUAUGCCGGCGAUGAAAAAAAGCGAAGAAUUAUCAUAGAAAAUUUAAGGUUGUCUAACUAUGUAAUAAGAUCUCUGUCAUUAAAGAGAAAGAUAUUGGAUUGAUGAAACUGAAUUGUGAAAACAAACAUUAGACAAGCAAUUAUACAAUUUUUUUGAGUUUGAUGACGACCAUGGGGUUGGAUAAGUAGUAAGGUGAUAUUCUUACGUCCUUUUCCUAAUCACCCCUUUGGCAAACACGGAAAACUCGACAAUUCGCAGCCGAGAACCGUUAAGUCUAUCAUUAAACAGCUGAUAAAACAAUAUAUCACCUUCAGACAACUCYAUUCUGCAACAGUUGAAAGUGUUUUGAGAUGCAAACAUUUCACAAUAUCACACACAACUAAGGCGUCAUCAUAUUACCKGAAAAUGAUACAAAUGCGGCAAAGAUUUCGUUUUACUAUUUGCUGAGUGUAAAUAUUUACAA